UGUGCUCUCACGGGAGCCACAACAUAGACUGGGACACAUGGGUGUGAAGCUGCUUGAGUCUGGACUUUGUCUCCUGCUGCUGCUGGGACUUGUCAUAAUGGUUGCCUCAUUCCAGGUCCCACAGAAUUUAACCCCUUCCCAGUGGUUUGAAAUCCAGCAUGUAAAUAAUAGGACCAAUCUCCGAUGUAAUGCUGCAAUGAGGGUAAUUAACAGUUAUACAGGACGAUGCAAGGACAAGAAUUCUUUCCUUCAAACAAGUUUUGCUGCUGUUGUUAGUGUGUGUGGCAGGAGAAAUACUACUUGCCGUAAUGGCCUUACAAAUUGUCAUAAUAGUCCAGCUCCGGUAUCUUUAACUUACUGUAACCUCACAACUCCAGGAAGACAUUAUACGCAAUGCCAAUACCAAAGAACACCAGCAACAAUGUUCUACAGAGUUGCUUGUGACAAUCCUACUCCACAAGACAAUGGUUCCUAUCCAGUAGUUCCAGUUCACUUGGAUAGGAUAUUUUAGCUGAAGUACCAGCACUCUGUACCUUCAUGAAGAGUCCAUUCCUCUGCCUGCCCUGCCAUCAGCAUCUGUCCUCAUGAAACCUGUCCCUGAAUCCCUUUAAUUCAGCUGAACAGAUCUUUUUUACUCAAUAAACAGCUUU